GAAACCAUACAAACUGACCUUCCAAGCUAUUCUACCUGUUCCUCGGGUCAGAGCAAAAACAAUCCUUAACACCACUGAUUGACUCUUCCCUGAAUCAUGAACCAGUGGUGUAUGUAGGGAGAGAUGACAGCUCUCCCUGAAAUUCAUUGGGGUUGACACCUUGAUCAGGUGCUUUAUUGAACAGUCAUUAAAACCAUGUGGCCUGGGUCCAAUUACUGUAUACUCUUUGAAUUUGUGGAUUCAAGCUUCCUCAUUGCUGAACACGUUUAGGCAGGUUCAGCAGCUCUAUAGGCAUCCACUUAUUUAGGAUAUGUAAGUGGAGAGGCAUGAACCUGAUUCAUUUCCUGAUCUCACCCCAGGAAAGCUCUCCAGUUCACCCCCAAGCAGAAGCAGCAUAGCUCAGAUCGGCUCUUAAGGAGUUAGCAGUGAGCAGAGACACUCAGAGGUCUGACAGCCCAGAAGAGUUGGAUACAGCCUCAGCCCCCUGAACGGGAGUCACAACGCGAGGACUAAGUAGGGAGGUGAGACCUGCAGCAAGAUACUGUGACAAGAAAGGAUGGAGAAGGAAGGAUGGUUCUGACCAGAUGAAGAAUGAGCAGAUGGACAAAGGAGGGACUCAGCAAACCCAGCCUUCCAUCCUGACAGGUCCUCUCAGGAGAGAUGACACCAGCCAGACCAGGAUUCUACCCCCUGCUGCUGCUCCUGCUGCUGGGACUGUGGGUACCUGAGGCCCCAGUCAAUGCCAAGCCCAAGAACAUGACCUCAUCUCAGUGGUUUGAAACUCAGCACGUGCAGCCCAAGCCGCAAGCAUGCAACUCAGCCAUGGGUCACGUCAACAAGUUCACAAAACACUGCAAAAACCUCAACACCUUCAUGCAUGAAUCCUUCUCCAAUGUGGCCACCACCUGCCAGACCGCCAACAUAACCUGCAAGAACAACCACAAAAACUGCCACCAGAGCUCAGGACCUGUGUCCCUCACCAUGUGUACACUCACCUCAGGGAAGUAUCCGAACUGUAGGUACAAAGAGAAGCAUCUGAAUGCACCUUACAUAGUAGCCUGUGACCCUCCCCAGAAAGGGGACUCUAAGAAAUUUCAGUUGGUUCCGGUGCACUUGGAUAAAGUCCUUCCGGUUUCCAGACUUUCUGACUCUUUGGUUGGGUCUUAAUUCCUUCUCCAGGCCUCUGCACCCAUCCUCCUUGGCUCCUUCUCCACCCAGAGUGUUCUCUUCCUUUCAUCUCUGAGGGCUCUUCCUGGUUCAGGCUCUUUGGAGAAGCUGACAGGGAGCUGAGGCUGAUAGGUUGGUGGGCUGAGCUCCGAGAAGAUGGUCUUUCAUCUUUUAAUUGCUGUUUUCCCAGAAACUUAUCCCCAAGAGAGGGGGCUGAGCAAACUCAGGUUCAUAGGUUCCCUGGUCUAUACCUUUAAACUUCUCUCCCUCAUCCCAUCUUGUCAUGACAGCAUGAUAAGAGAGGAAAUAAAUGGAGAAGGGGUGAAUAGAAUUUAUAGACA